GCGCCGCCCCCUGCACGGAGCGGCUGCUGCGCAUCGGGUUCCAGUGCCGCCGGGUUGGCUCGGCGUUGGACGGCGGGUGCCCCUCACACGGUGCCGGCAGUCGGCGGGGCCUGCUACGAGCUGCGCUACGUGCUGCUGCUUCACCACGAGCGGAAUCGUUAUUGUGAGGCUUGAGCCUGUUCCAUUAGCGUGUUAAUGUAACGGCAUUUUUCUUCUUCUAUUUGACUGGUUAAAAGAAGACUUUCCAAACAUACUGAGAAGAUUUAGUGUAAAAGCAGAACUUAAAAAUGCCAGGAACUUCAGUGAUUCUGGACCGCUGUUGCCGAAAUGAUACUACAGAGAGCAGCUGUCACAUUGAAUUUGUUGGAUGAAACCCAACUAUUUUCUUUCAUUCAAGUGGGUAGAACCCCCUAACUGCAGUUUACAUGUGUGGGUCACUGCGUUACUGCGUUAGUCAUUGUCUCUAUGCAGCAAUGACAAGGCUGGAGGAAGCAAACAGAGAAGUGAACAUGCAUUCGUCAGUCAGAUAUCUUGGCUAUCUUGCCAGAAUCAACUUACUGGUUGCCAUUUGUAUGGGCCUUUAUGUCAGAUGGGAAAAAACUGCAGAUGCGCUGAUUUUGGUAAUAUUUAUUCUCGGACUGUUUGUUCUUGGAAUUGCCAGCAUUCUGUACUACUACUUUUCAAUGGAAACAGCAAGUUUGAGUCUCUCCAAUCUUUGGUUUGGUUUUUUGCUCGGCCUUCUCUGUUUUCUCAAUAAUUCUGCUUUCAAAAACGAUGUGAAAGAAGAAGCUACUAAAUAUCUACUCCUUUCUGCCAUCGUUUUGAGGGUAUUAUGUUCUUUGGUUGAGAGGAUUUGUGGAUGCGUCCAUCAUCGCCCGACUCUGCUGACAACAGUUGAAUUUUUGGAGCUAGUUGGGUUUGCAAUUGCCAGCACAACUAUGCUGGUAGAAAAAUCUAUGAGUAUUAUUCUGUUGGUUAUGGCUUUGGCCAUGUUGAUUAUUGACUUACGUAUGAAGUCUUUUUUGGCAAUUCCAAAUUUGGCUAUUUUUGGAGCCAUCGCAUCCUUGCUCUUUUUUCCAUCGCUGAUUAUUCCCACAAACCCUUUUGCCUUGGCCUGUUUCUUCAGCUGCCUGAUUUCGGAUCCCCUCCUCGAUGUCUACUUCAGUGGACUUUCGGUUACAGAACGAUGGAAGCCCUACCUGUACCGUGGUAAAAUCUGCAGGCGGCUUUCUGUCAUCUCAGUUGGAGUCAUUGAACUUAUCUUUUUCAUUCUUGCUGCCUUCAAGCUACGGGAUUUGGAUCUCUGGUACUUUGUGAUACCUGGUUUUUCUAUCUUUGGAAUUUUUUGGAUGAUCUGUCACGUGAUUUUUUUUAUAACUCUUUGGGGAUUUCACACAAAGUUAAAUGACUGUCAUAAAGUGUACUAUACCCACUGUGCAGAAAACAACAGCCUUGACAGAGUUAUGGCAUCUAAAGGAAUGCGUCACUUCUGUUUGAUUUCAAAACAGCUGGUAUUUUUCAGCCUUCUCGCAACUGCUGUUUUGGGGGCAGUUUCUUGGCAACCAACCAAUGGGAUCUUCAUGAGUGUAUUUCUCAUUGUUCUGCCCCUGGAGUCCAUGGCUCAUGGGCUGUUCCACGAGUUGGGAAACUGCCUGGGGGGAACGUGUGUCGGGUACGCUGUUGUGAUUCCCACCAACUUCUGCAGUCCCGAUGGCCAGCCAACUCUUCUUCCACCUGAUCAUGUGCAAGAGUUAAACCUGAGGUCUACAGGCAUGCUUAAUGCCAUCCAAAGAUUUUUUGCAUAUCACAUGAUUGAGACAUAUGGCUGUGACUACUCUACAAGUGGACUGUCCUUUGAUACCCUUCACUCCAAGAUCAAGUCUUUUCUUGAACUUCGGACUGCAGAUGGACCCAGACAUGAUACAUAUAUUUUAUAUUACAGUGGUCACUCACAUGGCUCUGGUGAAUGGGCACUGGCAGGAGGUGAUGCUUUGCGACUUGACACACUUUUGGAGUGGUGGAGAGAAAAGAACGGCACCUUUUGUUCUCGACUCAUCAUUGUUCUAGACUGUGAGAACUCCCAGCCUUGGGUCAAAGAAGUAAGAAAAGUAAACGACCAAUAUGUCGCAGUGCAAGGAGCAGAGAUGGCCAAAGUUGUAGAUGUUGAGGAAGCAGACCCACCACAGCUUGGAGACUUCACCAGGCAAUGGGUUGAGUACAACUGUAACCCUGACAGUAACAUCAGCUGGUCAGAAAAGGGACGUACAGUGAAAGCAGUGUAUGGCGUGUCGAAGCGCUGGAGUGAUUAUACUCUGCACUUGCCAACAGGAAGUGAUGUUGCCAAACACUGGAUGAUAUAUUUCCCACGUGUUACCUAUCCAUUAGUGCAUUUGGCAAACUGGUUUUGCGGUCUCAAUAUGUUCUGGGUCUGUAAAGCAUGUUUUAGGUGCUUGAAAAGAUUGAAAAUGAGUUGGUUUCUUCCCACAGUGUUGGACACAGGACAGGGCUUCAAACUUGUCAAAUCCUAAUUAGGAACCAAAGAGAAAAUGAAGUGAGGGCUCUGGGAACUUCCUCACAGUUUUAUUUUAUAUGACUGUUUUCUUUGAAUAAAUCUGCUGCACUCACUUUGUUCGGCUCUUUGAGCAGCUACAGUAUAUGCAACAGUUAGAAACUGCAGUCUUAAACAGAAGAGGGUAGGACUAUAAUAUUUGUGUUUUGUUACUGGACUGUAUAUACAUAUGUAAGAGAUUUAACAAGACCAUGCAUCUUGGCAACAGUUUGCAUGUUCAUAUGUGCUAUUUAAAGCAGCCUUUGUUCAGAAUGAACAGCGUGAAAGACAACAGCUCAUAAGAAUGUUAGAGAAUGCCUGUCUGUCAUUUAUAUCACUGUAGGAUCCAAAUACAGGAAAGGAAGCAAGCUAAUAUUUAAAUCAAAAUAUAUGUCCUUGGAGUUAUUUGGCGGGUUCAAGGAUAUUAUAGCACUGAGCCAAAAUUAAAAGAGAAGAAUGAAAAAAUCAUUGUAGAUAAGUUGCAAGAGUCUUUAUAGUUUUCUUUUUUUACGUCUUCAGCUCCCACCUCAUUCUCUACUGCCAUCAGUGGAAGAAAUUUGUCAGAGGAAAUCGGAUAACCACGUGGUAUUUGAUGGAAUAAAAAGUGCAUAGAGAGUUCUUUCCUCAGUGGUCAGGGUGAUUCUGUGUUUUUCAGGUUCAUACUUAGUGGUAUUUUUGUUCUGAAGAAACUAAGACUGGGGAGGAAGCAAACCCCAAGGAAUUUAACCAAGAAAAUAGUCUAUAGAUAAUAAGUGGAAGUACAAGUGCUGCCUUGCUUCCUCAUUUAUCUGCACCUAAAUCCUCAGUCCUGUAAAAUGUUGAAUCCAGGAUUAGACCAGUGAGCUCACCCCAAAACCUAUCAAAGCCAUGAGCAAGCAGUUUAUCAGAAAGAUUAUUCUCUUAAGCUAGCACUGAACCUUGAAUAUUCUUUAACUCUGCUUUCCCAGCCACAAGGUGCUGGUCUUAAUCCUUCCUGUUAAGUUGGAUGGGACUCCAGAAAGCCUGUCCCAAUGCUUUUCAGAGAAGCUGCGUAGCUUUUUUGUCUUGUUUGCAUAAGUACAGUAAGUCAGGAGUUAAAGGACUAAGCCACUAAGACAGUAAAAUUGGUGCUGUUACACACAUGCACAAUCCAGAAUAACUUGUUUUUUUUCCAUCAGUAUUUUAUUAGAACUUUCAGGUGGUAGAUGGCACAGCAAUCGUAUUUUAAAUUAAACACAUAUUUUUAGGAGUUCUGUAAGUCUUUGUUUUGAAGGGCUUUCCUCAUUCCAUUUGACCUUCUUAGGCUGAGAUUCUGCUAACUGAUAUCUGUUAGUAACUCAUGAAAAUAAAGUUUUAUCAAAUGAUGAGAUCUGAAGUAGCCACAGUAAUUUGCACCCACCCCCCUUUUCUGCUUCUCCAUCUCUGAAAAAGUGGAAAGUGGAUAAAGGAAUGAGAUGUGAAAUUUGACAUCCUACUAAGGCUCAGUUCUACUUCUUUGAGCCACUGGUACUCUGUCACCGAACGCAGAGGGGUGAAUGGAGAGUAAUGGCACCAUCUCGCUUCAUGUAUGCCAUUUAAGUUCCUAAAGGGAGACUCUGGGGUAUGUAUUGUCUUAUUUAAGUUGCCUGAAAAUUAGACUUGCGACCUGCACUGCUCCAUUGCUCAUUAGCAAUGAGGAAUAAAUGUUCCUGGAGAAAGACUCAUUUGAUCUGUUUUAGGAUGAAGCAAAAUUUCCACUGGUUGUGCCUAAUGGUUUUGUCUUGUUUUUACUUUCACAUGCCAAAGGUCAAGCAGACAAAUCCUUUACUUGCGUUAAAUAACUUUAGAGCUCUUCUGUUGUAGGUCAUCCUCAGGAGCUUCGUUGGGUAUGUAAGCUCCUCACUCAUGCACCUAACUUGGAUACUUACAGUUAGGCUGAACAGCAACCAUCAAGGACCGGCACUACCUCUUCUGCAGAAGCCUUUCUCAACCAUACCUCUGAGUGCGGAGAAAAGAAGUUUGCAAUAAGGCAACUGCUUGGCCUGUAAACUAUCAUUAUUUCAGUAAAAUUGAUCUGAUUAUAUCAUAAACUGUUCCGAGUGGAGCGCUAAUUAAGAUGAAGUUUUAACAAAGUUCCUUUCCAGCAGUACUGUAAUAGUUGAUAGUUGGCCUGUAAGCAUCUGAAAAUCAAAACGUUUCUCCUUUUUAUUUUGGAAAGGUUUUGAACACUGGCGUUUCUGCUAAUUGCAACAGGUGCAUCCUGUUUUGUUUGUACCACUGUCACACUGUUACGACUGUUAACCUGUAUCUUUCUAUGAGAGGAAUGGGAAAGCUUGGGAUUUCAGACCUGUUCUGAAUCUUUGAGCAUCCUAAUGCGAAUGGUGUGUUUUGCAGUGCGAUCACACAUCUAUUCUUGUACAGAACAAAAAACAUUUGGUGCUGAUCUCUUGCCUCAGUUUAUUAAAUGGUUUCCAGGAUGUUUAUCAGACUUAGAUUUUCUAUAGGACAGACUGGGCGGUUGUUAGCAGUUUGUUGUAUAGUAAAUGAGGAGUCAGCUCUUUGGUCUGCUACAAGAUUCUUCACAAAACAGAUCAUGCAUCCUCAGAUUUCUGGUUUUCUUGAAUUUGUAACACUUUUAAUAUCAAGGUAUUCCUUCUUUUGACUUGUAUUAAUUGUUUUUGACAGCAAAGGCAUGGUACAAAUGCCACUUCAAUCGAAAAGAUAUGUUUACAGCCAUUUAAAACUAUGAGGCCUUUUAUUGGACAAAGAGACUGUAUUUUAUGAUUCAAAACCCAGGGUGCGGGUUGAUGAGCCUCAGGAUCUCAGCAGUAUUAACUCACCACCUGUACACCAUGGCCCAUGUUCCCAGGUGAGGGCCAGGUGUGGGCAGAACUCUGUGCAGCUGCCUCUGCUGAUGCACAUCGCUGCUCUCUGCACCUUGAGAACACACCAGCAGCUCCACAUGGCGGUGGGCAUCAUCUCUGUGCUGUGCCCUGCGUGGAGUGAGAGAAACUUAAACCCAGUUCCAAAGAAUGUUACCUAUGUUGUCAUUUGCAUACAGGUUGUUUUUAUUGGGGGGGACAGGCUCAAGAAUUUAUUAUAUGGGUUGAGCAGGUUAACUUGUGGUCUAAGCUGAACUUUGUUGGGUUUUUUGAGGUGCUUGUCAGAAAUUUUGUUAUAAAGGUUGCCGUAAGUUUGUAUCACAGCAGUAAUUUUUUGUUGACUUCUCUUCAUUUACCUCCUGUACAGGAUCGACAUUGCUCAAACAUAGAAAUGCACUAAAUCCUACAAACAUGAAUCUUUAAGAGAGUUCACAUCAGAACUUCACAAUGUUUUUCUCUGAAUGAGUGUGGGGCUGAGGCCAUCGUCUGUAUUUUUUUGCACUACCAGAGUUAAGUAUUUGCAGCUCAUUGUGCUUUUUAUGCCUUGUGGUUGUCAUUGUCCUGACCUUCAGGUCAGGGUUUUCCUAGAAAUAACUUCAUCCAUUUCAGGAAGUUUUCCCAUUACUUUGCUGAAUCCUGCUGACCACUGUGCGAGCUGUAAGCAUCUCUGUCACCAGCAGUGGACGAUGUAACUGGGUUAGAGUUCUUGUUUCUAAAUACCUUUCUGUGGGAGGAUUUUUACUGGACAUGCUGAUUUUAGAUCUGUAAAUAGAUGUUGUGUGUGUGUGCAUAUUUGCGACAUUACUUAAAUAUAUUUUGCUGAUUUGGAUGCUCA